AUGGGCGCUGGGGCCGGUAAAUUCUUUUUUAACAUUUUACGUGACCCUUUGUAACAUUUCUCUUUUACAGAGGCAUCCGGCGAUGGACCUGCUGGAUCCACUGGAUCGUCAAGCGGGGGCGGCGGACCUUCGUUGACUGGAAAUAUUUUCGGGAACACUUGUUUCAAAGCUUGUGGAAUGGAAGAUAUUCAAUUUGCUGCAAGGGUACGUUGACAUUCCUCCUUGAUCUUUGUCCUAAUUUGUCCAAACCGAAUUUUGCUUUGUUUGCAAAGCUCUCGUGGAAAAACAUGAUACUUUGCUCUUCAGAAAAUUGCAAUUUCUAUUUUUUUACCUGCCAAGAACAACCCCAGAACAAACGCUAUUGUGGCACAAAAGCUCAAAGCAAACAAACAAGCUAUAUAUAUAUAUAUGGCCCUUCAUUGCCAAAGACAGCAAAUAUUGUAUUUACCAUAAAUAGGGAUAAGCAAAAAAUGAUUUCAGGCCGCUGGAGAGAUGUUUUCAACAAUCAAAAUGUGUGUUCUGAUGUCUACAAUCAUCUCCCUUCUACUUCUCGUCCUGCUCUCCGCUGCUUUCUUCUACUUUAUGUGCUCUUACAAUCAGGUGAGAAAUUCGCCAACUUUAUGAUCAGAAGUUGAUAGAAGAUCUGUCAAAAAGUCAAUAUCCAAUCACGUUGAUCAAACAAAUAAGGAUGAUUUUGACGCGCGCGCGGUUUUGUUACGCUCGUUUGCAUCUGAUUGCUUUGAGAAAUUAUUAUGAAAUCGAGAUAGGGAUAGGGACGUUUUGCAACAAAACUUUUUGCCAACAAAAUGAAUGGGCCUCAUUCUGACGUUUUGAAACCGAAAGUUUAAGCGUGGGUAAGAAGCUCGGAGCACUGCAUGCGGCCUGAACAUUUGGCAUAGUUGCAGUUUUCCAAUCGGACCAGAACUUUGCAAGCUUCUUACAAUUGGACUGUAGAUAAUUUGGUCCAAGUUUCAGAUCGAUUGGUUGAUUUACUCAAGAGAUAUGUGGGUGGGAGACCGAACAGUCGGCAUUUUCUUUAGGUCUCAAACUAGUAUAUCUCCGGGCCAGAUUAUCUGAUCGGUCUGAAACUUGAUCACAAGAAACUUCAAUUUAAAUUAAAGAAGCUUGUUGGGGUCAAGGGGAAAUUCAGGCCUGAAAUAGCCUGGGCUAGGCUUUGCGCAGCCCUGCUCUUGUUGAAAAGUUGAAAAUAUGUUUUAUUUCAGAACUGCGCCAACUGCUCCAAGUUCUCACUUCCCUCAUUCUUCAAACGUGUGACUUCGACCCAAAGCCCGAUGACUGCUCAAAAAUGA